CUUCCGAAUCCCAUCCUCGCUCGUUAACAACACUACAACGCCUUGAAGUGCUCUGACCCCCCUCCCCGAGGAUCUACAGCCAACCAAUGCUCUGAACAAAUGCUCGGGUUUGACAUGUGACGCAUCAGACAUCCUCGGCUGACGUGAAUUGGCCGUCAUGCACGAACACAAUCAUUGCUAUGUACAGUACUGGUGAGUUGUGGGGAGAGCUAGCUUGUGCAGGUUGACAUAUCCAUCUCAGAUAGGCGUGUGUCCCUUUGUGGAUCCAAUGUCAUUGCGGGGAGGGAGGCGUUUAAGGUAGGCAGGGAGACAGGUGUAGGACCCAAGGAAAAUUUCAGCAGUUCGAGUCGCUAGCGACGCGAACGAACACCAACACCAAACGCAAGAAGGACUGGUUUGCCUCUUCGUCUUCCAUAUCCUUCCUUUCAUACCCUCUUACCAGGUUUCCCUUCCGCUCGUUGCUGCAUACAACUGUACCAUACUGCACACGCGCGCCUGUCCUAAUUCUGGUGUUUUUGUUGUUUGUUUACGAAUUGGGCACGAUUGAAACGCCAGAAUGAGUACUACGGAGGCAAACAAGGAGGCCUACGUCCAAGAUGAAACGGCCGCGGUCAAUGGUACCGGCCCCGCGGGCAAAAGAACAUUUGGACAGAAGAUGAAGCGGCAUUGCGCACGGUUCUGGUGGCUAUGGUUUAUUGUGUUUGCGAUUGUUGUCCUGGUCAUUGUCCUACCAAUCGUCUACGUGGGAUACCCCAACAAAGCGCAAUCGGCCAUCAACAAGGCCAAACUUGAGCCUCAGUCCAUGGCUCUGCUUAACCCGGCGCCGGACUCGUUCGACUUACAGCUCGACAACAUGUUUAUCUCGCAUUCGGGCAUGUCGGCCCACCUGGACAAGUUCACGGGCGACUUGCGUCUUCCCGAUAGCGACAAGGCCUUCUGCCGAAUCAAUGUGCCGUCCAUCACGGCUGCCAACGGUAGCAUCGCGCACAUUGAACAGCGAGUCCAGAUCGCCGACCACGACCAGUUCAACGAGUACGCCAAGACUGUAUUGCUGAGCGACGAGUACAGCAUCUAUCUGAAGGGCAAGGGCGGGUUCAAAUACGGCUCUCUCCCGAAGACGAAUGUCAAGUAUAACAAGAAGAUCACCAUGAAAGGUCUCAACUCCCUCAAAGGCCUAACCGUCUCGGACUUCACCAUCCUCACCACCUCGCAACCCGACGGCGCCAACGCCAACGGCACCGUCAUGAUCCCCAACCCCUCCGUCGCAACCUACCAACUCGGCGACGUCGGCCUGACCAUGUCCGUCGACGGCCUGCCCGUGGGCAACUCGACACUCAAAUCCGUCCUUCUCAAACCAGGCAACAACACAUUCACCAUGCGCGCCACAACCAACCAGACCGCCGUGGUCGGGCUCAUCUUCACAAACUACAAGUCGGGGAUUUUACCCAUCGAUAUCGUCGGCAACAGUAGUGUUUAUGAUGGCCAACAUCUCGAGUACUAUGAGAAGGCGCUGUCGUCGAAUAAAGUCCAGAUCAAACUGGAUGUCAUUAAGGCGUUGGAUGAGGCUGGGUUGGCGGGAUUGUUGGGGAUAAAUACUACGAGCAGCAGUAGUAGUAGUACCUCCAGUGCCUCGAGCAGCGCGACCUCUAGCUAGAUCUAGCAUGAACUGGACUGCAAGUGGAAAUAAUGUCACCAGUUAGGUGAUUGUCAUGUCAAUGAUGAUGCUGAGCUAGGUUUAGUUUUGUAUAAUAUACUUACAGUUA